AUAAUUUUAAUUUGGUUUAAUUGUUUGUCUGUCUGCUCUUUCUGACUGUCACUGCUGUCUAGGUUCUAGCCUCCAGCGCUGUCUAGCUUCUUUUUUUGACUAAUAUUGAUGACUUGAUGGUUAGGCAAUGGAGAAUUACUUGUCAAUGCAUGAAAGUGAACUAGGUUUCGAGUGUUUUUCAAAUUUCACUCCUGCUGAAGUUUUUGUUCAAGGUCUUGCAGGGUUCACUAACCAACAUGACAUUGAUCACAUUAUUCGGGCACAGAAACAAAUGCUUCAACGGUUUGAAAAGACAAAUGAAAUGCUAGUCAACUGUAAUACUCUGUCCCAAGUUCACCUUCAAAAGGCUAAUGUAGAAUUCAAGAAGCAUGCACAGCUUUUGAAUGAAGUAAAAAAGGACUUGGAGAAUAUCUUCAAGAGAAUCAAAAUCAUGAAAGCCAAAGCAGCAUCUCAAUACCCACAUCAAUUUGAAGAUGCUGUAAGUAAAAUUCAAACACCCAUAGCAGAGGAGGAUGAAAAAACAAAGGAUGUAUAAUCUACACUACUUGAAAUUGGCUUGCACUCAUGAUUUUGUGUUUAAAUGUUAGAAAUAUAAUUGAAGACUUCAA